UCCACAUGGUAAACAAAACUGUUACUGGGUUAACACAGAAUAGAGAUUGUCAAGUAUAACAUGUGAUAAGUAACCUUGCAAAUUAAGCAACAAGUAUGGCAGAACAGAGAGGUGUUCCGUAUGAUAGAGGAUGGGCCUGGAUGAUUGUUGUUGGUUAUUUUGCCAGUAGUUUUAUCAUGGUGGGAGUGGCUAAAUCAUAUGGUAUACUGAUGAAGCCACUAAUGGAAGAGUUUGAUGUUGAUAUUACAAUUGCCUCCCUUGGAAUGGCAGUUGGUGCAGGAAUUUAUACACUGGCUGCACCAGUCUUUGUUGCUCUCGGUCAACAUUUUACAGAGAGAUCUGUUGUUAUGUUUGGAGCUGUCUUUGCAUGUGUCUUCAUCUCCUUAUGUUAUUUCAAGAUCGGCAUUUGGUAUUUGAUUUGGAUGUAUGGUAUAGGAGCAGGAAUUGGAAAUUCCUGUUUAUUUGGAAAUGGUCUAGUGAUGAUUGGCAGCUAUUUCAAAAGAAUUCGUACAGUUGCUAAUGGUGUUGCAUUGUCAGGAGCUAGUGUUGGAACAUUUGUUAUUCCUCCACUAAUGGAGUUCUUAUUGCAGACAUAUGGACUACCAGGAACGUACCUUAUCUUGGGGGGUUUAUAUUUAUCUGUAGCUGUUUGUGGGGCCCUCUACCGUCCAUUAAAAUUUUAUACAACUGAAAGAAAAGCAGGAGAAAACGAUGAAAAGCAUAAAUUACUAAAAGAAGAUCUGAACGAUUCUACAAGAAAGAGGACAAAUGUUGUUCAGGAAAAAGAAAAUCAAGUGGUUAGCAACACAUGUGAACCUUAUACAGAUUUGGAAAUCCAGAUUGAUACAGAAGUGAAUCGAGAGAAAUCUGUGUCAUUUGUUACAAGCACUGGUUCAUUAGUUAUGGGAUCAAUGGAAAGUUUGGCACAAGUCGUACAGGCAGAUGAAUCCAAGAAACUGUCUAAUAAUAUCACAAUCAAAAUCUGUGGAAAAUCUAUAGUUAUUCCAAAAAUAUUUCAUUUUUCAGUGCUGAAAAUGCCGGAGGUUGUGUUUUAUACAAUUUUCUCGUUUCUUGUUUUCUUUGGAUAUUUUAAUUUUAUCAUUUUUAUGCCAUUAGAUGCUGCCAGUAGAGGAUUUGAAAGUUUCCAAAAAGCAUGGCUCGUUUCUUGUGCUGGUAUAGGGGAUCUCAUUGGAAGAAUAGUUGUGGGAAUCGUAGGAGAUCUUAGAAUAAUAGAACGAUAUAAAAUAAUUGGUGCCACCUGUAUAUUUUGUGGUAUAAAUAUAUUAAUAUUCAACUUUGCUACUGUAUUUUGGUGGUGCGCUAUACAUACAACACUGUAUGGAUUUUUUGGAGGUGCCUAUGUUGCCCUGACCUCAAUUGUAUUGAUUGAUAUGGUUGGAUUAGAGAUUAUGCCCAAAGCAAUAGGUGUAAUUCUACUGAUACAAGGACUUGGUGCAGCUAUUGGACAACCUGUUGAAGGGGCCAUCAAAGGAAGAUCAGGGUCAUUUUCCCUUUUGAAUUAUAUAAAUUCUUCAUUGAUGAUUAUUGGAGGAUUUUUUAUGUUCCUGUAUCCUUUAAUAAGAGAUGCUAAAAAAUCAAAAAAUAAAAAUGAUACGGAACAGGAAGAAGAAGAAGCUUAAGGAAAGGGAAACAACUCAUUUAAAAGCAGAAAAAAGUUUCUAUGUCAAUAUUUUCCAAGGAAACGGAACAUCUUACGUCUCAAUGUGAAUAACUAGCAAAAAAAAAUUACAUUAAAACCUGGUUUCUAAAAUUGUUUAUGUAAAUCCCUAUUGUUUAUUUAGACCCCUUGCAGGGAUGUGAGAGAGAUAGAAUUGAGUUAUCUGUCAGUUUAUUAAUCUGUCAAUCAACACAUAUGAUCAAAAGGGAACAUCUCAAAUAUGGUAGACAAAUUCUGUGGGUUCAUUUAUUUUUAUGGUAUCAAUUUGAGUGGAUUAAGGAAAAAUUGUGUUUUCAUUGUUAGUUGUUUCAAGGAUUUAUAUAGAUCUUACUAUAUGCAUUCUUGGUUGAUUUCUUGUUUUUUUUCCAAAUUAUACAAACAAGCUUAUUGCAAAUUUGUAUUUCCUUGUACAUUUUAUUCAUAGAAUAUAAAAUUAGUACUGGUAUUCCAAGAAUGAUAAUGAAUCAACAAUGCUUGGCAUAUUUUAGUAGAACAUUCAAUCAUGAAGGGGAGAUGAUCUUCUUAUCCUGUCAUUAUCUACAAAUUUUUUGGGAGAAAUUAUUCCUUUAAUGCUGUACAUAUUCCAAAUAUACAUUCAAUUCUUUGU